AUGUUAAAUGACUUUAUUAGAAGAACCUGUGGCUCUUCUCACCUCUUACUUAUCUUACUUGCUUCCCAUCACCAGCGUACUAUUAAUGAUCGCUUGUAUCAACUGCAUCAGUUACUUCAAAAUCAUAGGGUGGUAUCAACACCAACGGAGACAUCAGAAUGUGAAGACGAAUCACAAAUGAACUGCUUUAA